UACUAAACCAUUCUAUCACGUAGUUUCUACAUUGAAAAACUCAGGUAAUCGUCGUGCCUAUCGAAACUGACUUCGCAAUGUGGAGAACAACGGUUGAAAACCAGUUCCAGGUAAGCAAAUCUGAGUCUAAAAUCGUAGCCGCUUGGCUGAACCUGGCCAGGGUUAGGGCUACCCCGGUUAGCCCCUAGAUAGCACAGUCGAGCCGCGGACGCUGCGCCGACAACAACUUGAAAGCAAAACUGUUGCUAAAUAGAAAUCUCAUAAUCUCGAUUCGCGAGCGAGGAUCAUCAUCAUCAACAUGAUGUGGCUGACCCUGCUGGUUGGCGCUUUGACCCUGCUGCUGGCCUGGGACUUUGUACGCAAGCGCCACAGCUGCGCCACAUUGAAAAGAUCGGGCAUUACGGGUCCCUUGUCGCUGCCGUUGUUGGGCUGCGGCAUUCAAGCACUGCAGCUGGGCGCAGAGAAUAUCAUCGACUAUGUUGGCGCUUGCUUUGAUAAAUAUGGCGCGACCUUUCGCAUCUGGAUACUUGACGAGUCGCUGGUCUACACCAAGGAUUUGGGCCACUUUGAGGCCAUUCUAAGCAGCACCACGCUGCUGGAGAAGGGUCAGCUGUACCAGUUCCUGCGCCCCUUUCUCAACGAUGGACUGUUGUUGAGCGUGGGCCGAAAAUGGCACUCCAGGCGCAAAGUCUUUUCCAAUGUGUUCCACUUUAAGAUAUUGGAGCACUACGUGGGCAUUAUGGACACCCAAAGCGAAGUAUUGGUAGAGAAACUAAAGCCAGUUGCCGAUGGGCAGCAAGUUGUGGAUAUGCUGAAGUACGUGUCGCUGGCAGCCCUGGAUAUCAUUACGGAGACGGCCAUGGGCGUGCAGGUGAAGGCACAAAGUGAUCAAGAAUUUCCGUAUAUAAAAGCGCUAAAAAGCGUCGUUAAUAUCCAGCCGGAUCGCAUGUUCAAGUUCUCACAACGUUACGAGUGGCUCUUUAGACUGACGGCCCCAUUGUUGCAUUUGAAGCUAAAGCGAGAUAUUCGCAUCAUGCAUGACUUCACCGACAAGGUCAUUCGAGAGCGAAGAGAGGCGGUGGAGCGGGCCAAGGCCGACGGCAGCUACCGACCGUUGUGUCUGGGCGAUGAGGACAUAGGCAGAAGGCCACAGAUGGCACUGCUCGAUAUACUGCUGCAGUCUUCGAUUCAGGGCAGUCCGCUAACCGAUACGGACAUACGCGAGGAGGUGGACACCUUCAUGUUCGAGGGCGAUGAUACCACCAGCAGCGGAGUCUCGCAUGCGCUCUACUGCAUCGCCAGACACCCUGAGGUGCAAGCGAAGCUGUACGACGAGCUGCUCCAGGUGCUUGGCAAGAAUCGAAUGGCGGCAGUCAACCAGGCUCAGCUGCAGGGGCUCAAAUAUUUGGAGUGUGUCAUCAAGGAGACAAUGCGACUCUAUCCGCCAGUGCCAGCGAUUGGCAGACAUACCCGAAAGGAUCUCCAGAUUGGCGAACAGACCAUACCGGCCAAUACCAGCAUCUAUUUGGUACUCUACUUUGCGCAUCGCGAUCCCAAAUACUUUCCGGAUCCGUUGAGCUUUAAGCCGGAGCGCUUUCUAGAUGAUACGACAGACAAGCGACAGACAUUUGCCUAUUUGCCAUUCAGUGCAGGACCCAAGAACUGCAUUGGCCAAAAGUUUGCCAUGCUCGAAAUGAAAACGUUGAUCAGCAAGGUGAUCCGACAUUACGAGCUGCUACCCAAAGGGCCAGAGGUAAGCCCAAUGAUGAACUUCAUAUUGCGCUCGCCAACGGGCAUGAAUGUAGCUCUAAAGCCGAGAUUCGAAUAGGAAUCGAAAGUUUGAUAGAUGUAUGUUAAAGAUUUAUAUUGGGAUCGGGCAAGUUUCGGGUUUUACUUAUAGAGUAUUCAAAGAUUGUCAACUAACUAUUCAGGGUACAAAUUAUUACAACAGUAUAAACUGCAUUGAAACUCAUCGCAAUGCGUAAAGCACAUGCAUUCCAUUAUCUAUAUUAGAUGUUUUGAGUCAUAGUACUAACAUUUGCCAGAUUAUAAAAUUAGGCGUCUCUGGAGAGGGAGAGGAAGAGCGGGAUUCAGUUCUGUGUUUGUGUAGCAAAUCAGCGCAAAAGUCAUAAAUAAUAGUUUAUCUUUUCAAGAAGAGCGCAAAUAAUGUGAUGCAGCUAUGCAAUUUAAAAGGCGCCACUUCUAGGGACUUGCUGCGCUAAAUUAUAGAUGCAAUAAAUGAAAAUAAAAGUGCAA